AUGAGCCAACUUUCGAGAUCCUCAGCAUUUAACAAACUUUCUAUUCCCACUAUAUCGUCAUUAUCAACAAGUUAUUCUCCUCUUAUCACAUUACCACCUGAAAUCUUUUUAAACAUUUGUAGACAUCUUCCACCAUUUGAUUUGUUUUCACUUUCAAGGGUUUGUCGACUCUUUUAUCAUGAUCUGUGUCUUGGCGAAUCAGUAACUAUCCAAGAGAUUUGGCGUCAGUCACGGCUUGUUUUCAUGCCUUAUCGACAAAUGGGUCCACCAGAAGGGAUGAAUGAAAAAGAAUAUGUUAGAUUCUUGGUGGAAGAUAAAUGUUAUUUUUGCGGAAGAAGAAAUAAGAACAGUAGGAUUUAUUGGGAACGUGGAAUAAUGCCGAAACAUGAAGAAUUCAAACGUCUUACUUCGCAAGAAUGCCUAGCUUGGAUGGAAAAGCAGCGCAGUAUUACUGAACAAAUUGAAAAAGAAAUGGAUUUGCGUUUCUUUGAAGAUGUGGCCGCCAAAAAAGUACAAAAAACAGAACGCAAACACGCAAUUGACGCGAAAAUUAACGAAUUAUGUCUGGAAAUGAAUGAAAAUGGAACUCGCAAGUGA